CAGCUGUCAAACGGCUGCGACCGCGCCAAACAUAACCAAUCCAAACAAUUGCCGUCUUCGAUCUUUUUCCUUGUGAUUUCCGUGACAAACUACGCAAAAAAGGUUAUUUUCAGAGUGUGUUGGGGUUAGAAACUUCCCUGGUCGGUUUGUUGGGCGAUUCAGCUCAGAAACAACGCGUAAAAAUGGCCGAUUUCCUCGAGUAUUCAUCGAUCAGCUCGGAGAUUCGCGGUGCGAUGUGCCCGGGCAAGCUGAAAAUGACCGACACGGCGAUGGUGUUCAAAAGCGACAAAACCGGCAAGGUGGAACAGAUCAACUCGAGCGAUAUCGAGCUGCUGAACUACCAGCGGUUCGUGGGCAGCUUUGGAUUGCGGGUGUUCCUGAAAAACGGGUCGCUGCAUCGCUUUCUGGGCUUCACUGGCGACGAGGCAAAGAUAGCGGAGUUUGUGAAGAAAAACUACAAGCUCGACAUGCUGGAGAAGGAGCUGUCGAUGCGCGGCUGGAACUGGGGCUCGGUCCAGUUCAAGGGGGCGGUACUGAGCUUCGAUGUGGAGAACAAGACCAGCUUCGAGAUUCCGCUGAACCACGUGUCGCAGUGCAACGUGGGCAAGAACGAGGUGACGGUCGAGUUCCACCGGAACGAUGACGCGCCGGUUAGUCUGAUGGAGAUGCGGUUCCACAUUCCCACGUCCGAGUCGGCCGGUGACGUCGAUCCGGUGGAAGCGUUCCAGGAGAACGUGAUGAAGCAGGCCUCGGUCAUAUCGGUGUCGGGCGAUGCGAUUGCCAUCUUCCGCGAGAUCCACUGCCUCACGCCCCGCGGUCGCUACGACAUCAAGGUGUUCCAGUCGUUCUUCCAGCUGCACGGUAAAACGUACGAUUUCAAAAUCCCCACCUCGUCCGUGCUGCGGCUGUUUCUGCUCCCGCACAAGGACAAUCGGCAGAUGUUUUUCGUCAUUUCGCUCGAUCCACCGAUCAAGCAGGGCCAGACGCGGUACCACUUUCUGGUCACGCUGUUCCAGAUGGACGAGGAGACAAACAUCGAGCUGCCGUUUACCGAGGAGGAGCUGAAGGAAAAGUACGAGGACAAGCUGACGAAGGAACUGUCCGGGCCGGUGUACGAGGUGCUGGGUAAAAUCAUGAAAGUCAUCAUCAACCGCAAGCUGACUGGGCCGGGCACGUUCAUCGGCCAUUCGGGCACGCCGGCGAUUGGAUGCUCGUUCAAGGCGGCCGCUGGCUAUCUGUAUCCACUGGAGCGGGGCUUUAUAUACGUGCACAAACCGCCAGUUCACAUCCGGUUCGAGGAAAUAUCGACGGUAAACUUUGCCCGCAGCGGAGGCUCCACGCGCAGUUUCGAUUUUGAGAUUGAGCUGAAAACCGGCACGGUGCACACGUUCAGCAGCAUCGAGAAGGAGGAGUACUCGAAGCUGUUUGACUUUAUCGUGUCGAAAAAGCUGAACGUGAAGAACACGGGCGGGAAGGCCAGCUACAAGGAUGACUUUGCCGACUCGGACAACGAGGGCGAACCGGACGCGUAUCUGGCCCGCGUCAAGGCGGAAGCCAAGGAGCGGGACGAAGACGACGACGGUAGCGACUCGGAGGAGUCGACCGACGAGGACUUUAACCCGAACCAGCAGGAGUCCGACGUGGCGGAAGAGUUCGACAGCAACGUGGAGUCGUCGUCGGACGAUUCCGACGACGAGGACGGCAGCGGCGGCGACAGCGACGAUGGUAGCGGAUCGGACGGUGGCCGCGAGAAGAAGCGCGACAAAAAGAAAGAAAAGAAGGAAAAGGUAAAGGAGAAGGCACCGAAACCGAAGAAGGAAAAGAAGGAGAAGAAGGAACCUAAGGCGAAAAAGUCGAAGAAAUCGAAGGACCCGAACGCACCGAAACGGCCCUCGACCGCGUUCAUGCUGUUUAUGAACGCUAGCCGCGAACAGAUAAAGAAGGACUUCCCGGGCCUGUCCAUCACCGAGAUGAGCAAGAAGGGGGGCGAGCUGUGGAAGGAUCUAAAGGACAAGAAGGAGUGGGAAGCGAAGGCGGCGAAGGCGAAGGACGAUUACACGGAAGCGAUGGCAGCGUGGAAGGCGUCGGGCGGCGGUACCGAUGGAGGGGACAAGGGAGAGAAGAGGAAGAAGUCGACGGCCAAGAAAUCGUCCGACUCGGCCAUGAAGGGCAGCGGGUUCAAGAGCAAAGAGUUCAUCGAAGGGGAUGAUUCGUCCAGCGACGAGGACACAAAGAAGGACACCAAGAAGUCAAAAGCACCGGAAGCAGCAGACAAGAAGAAGAAAUCGAAAAAAUCAGACUCGGAGUCCGAAAUGUCCGCCUCGGAGGAGGAAGAGGAGGAUGAGGAUAUGAGCGAAGGCAGUGAUUAAAUCCGGCAACCAUCGCAUUUGCAUCAUCUCGCCCGGAGCGACCUUCCCGUUGCAGUAUCGUAUUGAUUAUGAAUAAGAAACGCGUUUCUAUUUUACUCAUCAUCUGUAUAACACUCUGUACGACACGUAUGUAAACAUUCUACCGUUUGCCUUAUGUUACGGAACGAAUCGGUAAUGUUUGUUCUUUUGAAAUUCCAUGCCAAUUCCAUCUCGAAAGCAGCCAAGCUCUCCUAUCAGGUUAAAAAGAAUAAAUGUAAACUUCACCUUUAACCGGUAA